AUGCCCACCAUCAAUUUCGCUGGAAUCGCCCCUGCAAGCGUGGCCAAUAGUCUGAGCCCCAUCAGCUUCAGCGGUAACAGCCUCAACGUUAAAUUCAACCUUAUCGUCAAUAUCCAAAAUCCAAAUGUGCUUCCUAUCAAGCUUUCCAGCGUCAAUGCAACAGCAUUCUAUCCAACAGCAGCAGGUCGUACCCCUAUUGGUGGUGGAUUUUUACCCUACCAAUAUGUACCGAAACAAAGUGACUUCAAUUUUACCUAUCCAUUUGCAAUCAAGUACAACCCAAGUCAGGAUUCUGAUCAAACAAUACUGGACAGCAUAGCUGACAAAUGCGGAUUAACUGGUGGCGGGAAACAAGAUUUGAACAUUGAUUAUGAUAUUCAUCUGACCGCAAAAGUACUUUUUGUCACCGUUCAUCCUACGAUUUCAUCCAGCGCCUCUUUUCCUUGUCCGCUUGAUGUAAGUUUUGCCCCUCAGCUCCGCAGUUGA